GGGGGCGGGACUGCGCAGGCGUGUCGGCUCCGGGGGCGGAAAUGGCUGACGGUCUCUGGCGGUACCGGGAGGAGCCCGGUUUGCAGGGGAAAUAUUAUGAUUAUUAUGAUGAAGGGCAUCUAGAGCUCGAGCAAGCUUCCUUGGACAAACCAAUAGACAAGGGCAACAUCGGACAUUGUUUGCUGCAGAACCAUAGAUGGAAGCUUGGUCAGGGCCUUGGAAAAACUCUACAGGGGAGACCUGAUCCUAUCCCAAUUCUCAUCAAGCAUGAUGGAAUGGGUAUGGGUAGGAUGGAAAUUGAGUUGGAUUAUGCAGAUGACGCCACAGAACGCCAUCGAACCUUGCAGGUAGAAAAGAGAGAUACAAAAAAACUGAAGCAAAAGUACAAGGAUUAUGCUGAAAAGGAGAAAGCCAUAGCAAAGGCACUCGAGGACCUGAAAGCCAAUUUCUACUGUGAAUUAUGUGACAAGCAGUAUCACAAACACCAGGAGUUUGACAACCACAUCAAUUCCUAUGACCAUGCUCACAAGCAGAGGCUGAAAGAACUAAAACAAAGAGAAUUUGCUCGAAACGUUGCUUCAAGAUCAAGAAAAGAUGAAAAGAAACAAGAAAAGGCACUCAGGCGUCUCCACCAGCUGGCAGAGCUUCGCAGAGCUUCGGAAUGCAGUGCAUCAGGAAGUGGCCCCAUGUUCAAACCCACAACAGUGGCUGUUGAAAAUCAGUUGAAACAAGGUGGUGCUGCUUCCACCACUGGUCGAGAUGGAAAUGGAAGAAAGAAUAAUUCCCUUGUCUUAUUCAAAAAGGAACAGACAACAAAAAAAACUUGGGAAAACAACCUUCAAUGCCCCCAUUGCAGUAACCACUGUAUUCAUGUUAGAUCCGCAGCACAAAUACAAGGUAAUUUAGGCUUGAAGCCCUUUAGUCUUUUCAAAAACAAAGGCAGCCCAUGCCUCCCCACUCACAAAGCUAGUGUCUCAUUUUCCUUCUCAAAAAAGGCCCCUUUGAAACUGGAGUCAUCGGCCUCGGUUUUCAACGACACCAUUGAAGAAACAAACCAUGGUGAUGAACUGCAUUGCCACGCAGGAAAAGCAGCAUUCGAAACUGAGAUGUCCGAGAUCCCUUCAGGGAUAAAUACCACUAAGACCCUUGAGCAUGAUGAGGCCAGACAGUCCCCAGUGGACAGUGGCACUGUGAGCAAUCCGUUUGCAAGAGUAAGAAAGUUAAAGGCGCUCAUGCUGAAGGAAAAUAAAGAUGAAGCAGAAAAGGAAUAUUAUUGCUAUACUCCCACGCAUUACAAACCCAAGACAAAUUUCCCUUUCUUGUUUUUUAUGAAGUCUUCUGAGAAGACAGAUGCAAGCAAAUUGGUAGCUCAAGAUAGCAAAGCCAAAGUGUCUCAGACUGCUGGCUCCGAGCUUAGAUGUACCAAGUUUCCUGAAAGUGGGGAUGAAAAGCAUGAGGACACAGAUGGCAAGAAAAUGUCAGCUUCGGUAUCACAUCUUUCUGCUGUGCAGCAACCAGCCAAGCAGGAGGAAGGGGGCACUCUGCACCUGGAGAGCUCCAAAAUUCGAGGCGAAGAGUCAUCUAAGUGUAAAGCAAGAAUGUCUGACUACUCACCUCUAGAUGAUGGAAAAGUAAGCAGUGUGGGUCCAUUGGACGGGCCAAAGCAAAUAACCGAGCCCUUUCUCCCAGUGCUAAGCCGCAAUGAGGCCACCUUGCUUCAGUGGCCUUCUGAACUUUUACUCUUCACAAAGGCCGAGCCUUCCCUCUCCUACAGCUGCAAUCCAUUGUAUUUUGAUUUUAAAUUGUCAAGAAAUAAAAACAGAGAGAAUGGUGCUUCAGGGCAGGAAACGGAUAAGGAGGGUGAGCAAAACGUGAGCACUGCUGUGCAAGACGCGACUGGGACAGACACAGCUAAAGAACGAAAUGGAAGCCUGAACAGCGAGGGAGCUCCUGUUCAGGAAGAGCAGCUAGCAACUGGCAAAUCGAAAAAGAGGAAGAACCGCAAAAAAUCGAGCAAGAAGCAUAAGUCAAAGUCUGGAGAAAUUCAGGCAGAGAACAUCAGCAAGAGAAAGAGAGGGAAGAAACGCAAACAUAAACACAAGGAUAACACAGAAAAGGAGGGCGCAAGUCCACCGAAAAUGUCCAUCCCUGGUGUUGUGGAACAGUUGUGUGAGGCAACUUUUAAAGAGGAACAAUAUCUUGUGUUUAGCCAAAAGCGAGCUUUACAGAAUGAGCUCUCUAACAACAGCAAUGCACCAGAGCAAGGCAGCAACAGUGAGAAAUGUUCACGUUUCCCUCUUAAAGCCAGGAACAAAAGGCAGAAAAGAUCAGCUUGUAACUCUUUGAGUCACUUCAAAGAAGCUUGUAAAGAUCAGAAGGAGCCUAGAUCCAGACUAAAUUUAAACAGCAAUGUCACUGAGAGUACUGAAGACAAUCACAAAAGGCAUCAUAAAUCAUCUUCCCGUCAUAGCUAUGAAGAUGAUUCAGACAGUGAUAGAAGCGUUUGCCGAAAAUUCAGAUGCUAUUCAUCUUCCCAUGACUCAUCAUUUAAGUCAUCUUCCGAUAGCUAUUCUGAUACCUCAAGUGACCGCAGCAGAACCAGCCACAGUAGCAGAAGUUAUUCUGACGGAUCGAGCGAUUACAGUAACAGAAGUCGAUCGCGACGUUAUUCGAAAAGGCACCAUGGGUUGUACCGAGAUUACAAAUAUCAUUCCAGGCAUAAAAGGAAAAGGCACAAUGAUUCAUCUGUGUCGUCAUUGUCUUCCAAUGAUGAUCAUUAUUAUCAGAGAAGAAAUGAUAGUAUAAGCAAAAACCGAGGCAGCACCCAAACAAGACCCCACACACACACAAGAGGCCGAACACACAGCCGGAGCUGGAGCUCUGGUGAGGGACGAUCUCACAGCAGAAGCAGAAGUAGGUAUAGGAGCAGGUCAAGGCAGAGCCGAAGUAGACAACAAAGUUCCAGCAAAGAUUAUUUGAGCAGCAGACGCCACAGUUUAAGGAGGUCGAGUUCCAGGAAUACGGAGGAGCACGGCUAUGACAGACUGAGUGACAGGCAGACAAGACAUAGGAGCUCGAGGUCUUUCUCGCGAGAUAGAGUCUACCAUAUAAGGUCACCUCAUUACAAUAGCAAUCAAGAGGCAAUGAAAGUCUCAGGCAGGCAAUAUGGAACACAAAAGAAAGAAGAUAUGGGCCAGAAUUACAGCACAAGUGCAACUAAUGUAAUCCAGAAAAAUGAGAGCAGACCUUGCUCCAGCCUUCCACUAAAAGAAAUGAUUCAAGAGGAACAAAAUUGCCUGAUAGCGAGGAGUCUGUUGGAAAAGGUGCAGUAUAAGAAAAUGGAAGAGAAAACAAUCAUUAUAGAAGAGUUAGCUUCAGUCUCAAACAAACUAGGUAUAAAACUGAAGGAUCCUCCUCAAGGUUAUUUUGGUCCCAGGCUUCCUCCCUCAUUGGGGAAUGUGACAUUGUUACCAUUAAUUGGAAAACUGCCUGCCACAAAACAAGUAGGUGUGAGGAAAGACGACACUGGCAAAGAUGAUAACAGUGAGAAAAUCGAUAACCCUGAACAUUCGGAAAAGAAUGGAAAUGGAAUUGCACUAACUAUUAUUCAAGAAGUGAAUCUUUAUCCCGAAGAAGUAAGCGAGGAUAAAAGAGAGGCAGAGGCAGACACAAUGUGCACUGAGAUACAGAGCACUAAGGAGGAACAGGCAGUCCUGGCUAUGUACCAAGUGCAGCCUGGUGAGGAAAACAUUACUCCUGUUACUGAAGAAAUGUCCAGUGUUGUUUCCUCUACUGGAGAUAUUUUUAUUGAUGACCCACGAGAGGUCAAGGAGGAAAAUCCCCAAAUGGCGUUUUAUGAUUGUGAUGUUCUGGACACUGAUCCGGUGGGAGAGGUUCAGUUUGGUUAUUACAACACUGACGUACAGAGCAUUGAGGAAACUGAGCCUCAGCACAAACAACAUUCCAAAUCAAUUUCACCCCCUCUGUCUGCCCAGCCUAUCAUCUUCACACCUGAAGAAAUGGAGAAAUAUGGCAAAUUACAACUGCAGGCCCAGCAACACAUCCAACAACAGCUUCUUGCUAAGCAAGUCAAGACUUUCCCAUCAUCGGCAGCCGUCACGUUUACUCCAGCACCUGCACUCCAGCCAGUUUCCAUCCAGCAGCCAUCCUCCACUGCCACGUCUAUCACUACUGUUCACCACACCCUCCUGCAGCAUCGUGCUGCUGCCACCCUUGCUGCUGCCUUGCAUCCAAAUGCCCACCAUCAACCUAUGGCCCAACUGCACCACAUUGCUCAGCCUCAUAUCACACCCUUCUCUUUUUCCCCAAUCACUCACACCAUUUUUCCUGCCCAUCCUGCCGCUUUUCUAGCGGGACAUCCACUGCAUUUCAUCCCGGCUGCGGCUAUCCAUCCAGCCCAUCUGACACUUCACCCACUGCCGCACUCCGCCCUCUAUCCAACUCUCUUUGCCCCUCACCCAGCUGCAGCUGCCGCUUCCACUAUCCAUCUGCAUCCUCUGCUUCACCCUCUGAUCUCAGGGCACGAUCUGCAACAUCACUCCGGUCCCAACACUUGAAAUAAGCCUCCAGAAAUAAAAUGAAAGCAACAUGUCAACAAUAAUUUUAAAUCACUUCAGUUCAUUCAUACUGUGUGUUAACCUUGCAAUUAGUAAGGCACUCUAUAAAAUGCUUUACUCAAACCUUUCUGAGGUGUUUUGUGUGGAUUGUGAUCAGAUUAUAGCUUUCACAAAUACAUUUCUCGGAUAAUGUGGGGGGAAUAUCUGGUGAUAUAUGUGAUGCUCUGUGCAGUAUAAUAAUUGUCCAUGUCACAGAGACCAUCUACCUUAGUGACUAAUAAUGGGGCCUGUCUAUCUUUUGCUGAUCUCUAAAAAUAGCUUUCUUUUCGUUACUUCCUGGUAAUGGGAUUUCGUGUUAUAAAGGCAAAGCAAAUAGAUAUUUUGAGCGAUUAGCAUGAGAUAGACCCUGAUGUCUGCCAUGUGUAAGAGUCAUGCUAUUUUCCAGACAGCCUCUUCAAAGCUCCCCCUAUGAUAGAGUAGUCUUUUGUAAGGACACUGGGGUCAAGAUUCUGUUUCCAUUAUUUCAAACGCUUCAAAUCCAAGGUGUUAAAUUAUGGAUUCAGGUCGCAUCCUCCACAAAACUGUUCCCAAAAUAUGCCGUCUUAGUUAAACUGAAUGUAUUACAUUUGUAUUUUUUGUUGUGAAUAGCUCUUUAGAUUUUUUGGUUUCCUUUUAAAGCUUUUUGUAUUUUGUGUAAAAAAGCAAAGUGCAGUGUAAGUAGAUAGAAUUACACUGAAUACUGUACAUGCAGUGCUACUUUGUUCGGCUUCCCCAUGUAAAAUGGGAUUAUAUUACUGUAUAAUGCAAUAAUAUUUUUCCAUAACAAAUUUGACUCUAUGGACUAAUGAUAUUGUAUAUAACAUAGUUCCUGAUGUAAAUAAAGUCACUCCAGUAAAAUACUGUACUUUAGAAGUAAAAAUCUGUAUUAUACUCUCCCAAUCUCAAAUACUAUCUUUUUAUUUACUGUAUUGUAUAUUUGUCUUGAAAUUUGUUAGGGUUUACAUACAAGUGUCUAUAUGAUACUCUUCUGUGCUCAAUAAUAAUGAUUGUUAUAUGGCAGGAAAUCAGAAAUAAAUUGUGACACAAA